UCCCUCCACCUCUCCUCCACCCCCUUCCCCUCCUCCCCAAAUCAAUGAACGGGCAGGUGAGGUGAGAGAGAGGCAGGCAGACCUUGAAAAGGAGACGCUCACUCCAAACAUUUUUACACACACAAGGCUUUGACAGAAGACGAUGAGUGGACAGGAUUGCUGGGGAUACGGAGGUGACAAUGGCCCCUUGAACUGGCACAAGCAGUUCCCAUUCGCACAGGGAGAACGGCAAUCACCCAUUGACAUUGUGCCUGCUCAGGCUGUCUACGAUGCCAACCUCACACCCAUCUCCAUAUCCUACAGUGCCUGUACCUCAUUGUCCAUCUGCAACAAUGGCUACUCGGUCAUGGUGGAGUUCGAGGACUGCAAUGAUAAGACAGUGGUCAGUGGUGGCCCCUUGGAAAAUCCCUAUAAACUGAAACAGUUCCAUUUUCACUGGGGACAGAGAGGUAGGGAAGGAUCUGAGCAUACUGUCGACGGCAAGUCAUAUCCUGGCGAGCUUCACUUGGUUCAUUGGAACUCAACAAAAUACAAAACCUUUGGAGAGGCAGCGGUGUCACAUGACGGACUGGCUGUGGUCGCUGUUUUCCUGGAGACUGGAGAUAAACAUGUCAACCUGCACAGAUUAACAGAUGCCUUGUACAUGGUUAAAUUCAAGGAAACAAAGGCCCAGUUUAAGGACUUUGACCCACAAUGUCUCCUGCCAAAAUGCAGGGAUUACUGGACGUACCCAGGCUCUCUGACCACCCCUCCACUCUAUGAGAGCGUGACGUGGAUUGUCUUCAGGGAGCCCAUCAGAGUGUCUGAGAAGCAGAUGGACAAGUUCCGAAUGCUCCUGUUCUCGGGAGAGGAAGACUCUGAGAAGCAGCCAAUGGUGGAUAAUUUCCGACCUCCACAGCCCCUCAAGGGGAGAACAGUCCUUGCUUCCUUUAAAUUGUAGCUCUAGCCAACCUUGCACCAACUCCUGAUCAAAACCGAAGACAACAUACCUGCGGGGAAAGAACUGAGCAAACUGGGAACAAGACAGACUGAAUGGAAAACAGGCCAGUUGACUUGUCAUCCCUACCCCUCAUUAUAUCAACACCUAACCAAAUCCCUCCUCACCUAUUCCUGGGUAUAAAAUAU